AUGUACGGCGACGCUGACCGGCAGGAGCACAUCGCCGAGCUCCUCUCGGGCAUCCCCGGCUUCCACGUGUCGCCCGACCGCACCACGUACGACCUGCAGCUGGAAACUCCCGACGGGCUGCGCACGGGGCUGCGGGUGGCACUGCCCGCGGGCUUCCCGUCCGACGCGCCCGUUCUGAUGGUCACGCGCGCGAUCAACCACGUCAACGUGAACCCGUCGACCGGCCGGAUGAGUUUCCCGGCCCUCGAUCGCUGGUCGCACCCCGCCACGCGGCUCCUCGAGAUAGCUGAUGAAGCCUACACGCUGCUCGCGGGCCGCGGACCGCCGUCCCCUAUGGCUCUGACUCCGGGCGACAGAAACGGCGGAGCGUACCAAGCGCGCCACGCCGGGCCCAGCGCAUCUGAGGCUCUCCGGAGGCUGAAUCUUUCGUCGGCGUCACCGGCGGGGAGCGACGCCACGUCCCAGAGAGUCGAGUACACCUCUCAGGGACGCGCGGGGCCCAGCGCGGCCGGGACGCCCCCCCCGAGCGUCUCCCCGCAGGCGGCGAUCAAAGACCACCUCGCGAAGAUGUCGACGACCGCGCUGCUCGACCUCAUGAAGGACGACGAGAAAGUUCUCGACCUUGCAGAGGAGCUGCGUGCGCGCAUGGCCGGGCGCGGCAGCCUGGCGUCGCUGCAGGCCGCGAACCGCGAAAAGGCGCAGCAGGUGCUGGACGUGGAGUCGGACAUUCGAGACGCGCGGAACAACGCCCAGAUCGUGCGGACGUCGGAGCUUGUGCCGCUCCAGGAGGAGGUCAAGGGGCUGCAGCAACAACAGGACGAGAUCAUGGCACGGUACAGCACGGCUGCGAUCCUCGAGCGGCUCGCGGAGAAGCGCACGGAGCUGGAGGAGCGCGCUGCCGAGGCGGAGCGCGCGGUCGUGGAGCUGCGCGGCGGGGAGGGGAGCGUGGACGCGCUGGAGCGGUACGUAGCGGCGCGCGCCGACCUGCACGCGGCGGCGGCGAAGGCAGAGGCGAUCGCGGCGCAGGAGGCGGGACGGGCGUAG